CCUCCUCUCCGCAGGGCGGGCGAUCCGGCCACCGCCCGCCUCCUCCUCCUCCUCUUUCUUCGGCGGCUGCGGUGCGGGCGGCGGCGGCUGCGGGAGCUCCGGAGAGCGCGAUGGCUGCCAACUGCGAGCGCACCUUCAUCGCCAUCAAGCCCGAUGGGGUCCAGCGCGGGCUGGUGGGAGAGAUCAUCAAGCGGUUCGAGCAGAAAGGCUUCCGGCUGGUGGCCAUGAAGUUCGUGCACGCCUCUGAAGACCUUCUCAAACAACAUUACAUUGACCUCAAGGACCGACCAUUCUACCCUGGUUUGGUUAAAUACAUGAACUCUGGACCUGUUGUGGCCAUGGUAUGGGAAGGACUUAACGUAGUUAAAACUGGGAGAGUAAUGCUGGGGGAAACAAACCCUGCAGACUCUAAGCCUGGUACCAUCCGUGGUGACUUCUGCAUUCAAGUAGGAAGAAACAUCAUUCAUGGCAGUGACUCCGUAGAAAGUGCGCAGAAGGAGAUCAACCUGUGGUUCAAACCUGCAGAGCUCAUUGACUUCAAAUCUUGUGCACAUGAUUGGAUCUAUGAGUGAAAUGAGUUUCCACAACGAAUUGUGCCUUCUUAACCACAUCGUCUCAUUCCAGCUAUUGAUCUGGGAGCAAUUAUCACCACGGUUAUCUUAAGUCAUUUUCAGCACUGUCAAAUAAAUGGAUACGAACUAA